AUGUGCAACGGUUCGAAUAGAAAACCCUCGCAAACUGGUUUGAUUAUGGAUCAUGAAUAUGGAAGACCAGAAGAACUGCAUCAUAAGAUCUCUGAUUUGCUUCUGUUUUCAGCCACAGAUGAUGUAAUAGCUUUCAAAGAGGCUGUUGAAAAAGACCAUCAUGAUGUCAAUGAGGUAGGGUUGUGGUAUGGAAGGAGGGUUGGCUCAAAGGAAAUGGGAUAUGAAGAGAGGACGCCUCUUAUGAUUGCUUCCUUAUUUGGAAGCAAGGCUGUAUUGUCUUAUAUUCUCGAAACCGGAUGUGUUGAUGUUAACCAAGCGUGUGGAUCGGAUAGGGCUACUGCUCUUCACUGUGCUAUUUCUGGUUGUUCUGCUGCUUCUGCUGAGGUUGUCAAGCUUUUGCUUGAUGCAUCUGCAGAUGUUGGUUCUGUUGAUGCGAAUGGUAACCGGUGCAGUGACUUGAUUGUCAUGAUGUCUAAUAGUAUCUCCGGUUCAAGGAAGAGAAAACCACAAGCCAUACUAGAAGGUAUCAAUGAUGUUGAUGAUGGCGAUGAUUUCCUUAACGAAGUAGGUUUCGUAAAGGAGAAGCAGCAAGAAGAUAUUGGUACACCUCGAAUCGAGAAGAAAGAUUAUCCGAUUGAUCUAUCAUUACCUAACAUAAAUAAUGAGAUAUAUAGUACAGAUGAAUUUAGGAUGUUUAUAUUCAAAGUGAAACCUUGUUCAAGGGCUUAUUCUCAUGAUUGGACCGAGUGUCCCUUUGUUCAUCCCGGGGAAAAUGCAAGGCGCCGUGAUCCGAUGAUAUAUCAAUACACCUGUGUCCCUUGUCCUGAGUUUCGGAAGGGAUCUUGCAGUAAAGGGGAUGCUUGUGAAUAUGCACAUGGUAUUUUUGAGUGCUGGCUUCAUCCUGCUCAAUACAAAACAAGGCUUUGCAAGGAUGAGACGGAAUGCACCCGAAGAGUCUGCUUUUUCGCUCACAAACCCGAGGAGCUUCGCCCGUUGUAUGCUUCUACUGGUUCUGCUUUGCCUUCACCUAUAUCAUAUUCAAAUUCACCUAGUGCUUCUUCAAUGGAUUCUUUCACAUUGAACUCUCCGUCCAGUUUCAUACAAUCCAUGUCGACACCGCUUUUGACUCCAUCUGCAUCGUCUUCUCCUGCAGGUGGAGCCAUGUGGCCGACUAAGUCUCAUGUUGCAGUCCCAACACUUCAGAUGCCGAGAAGCAGAUUGAAAACUUCAUUGAAUGCUAGAGAUAAUACUGAAUUUCUCGAACUUGAAAAUCGUCUGAUGCAGAAGCUAAUGAUUGAAGAGAUGACAGGUCUUUCAUUCCCUUCCAAUAGGCUUGCAGGUGUGAAUCCUGCUAACCACGAUGACAUUCUCGUUUCUCAGAUACAAUCUCCAACAUCAACUCAUGUGCAUCCGAAUGUGACUCAGCAACUUUGGGGCUUUUCUUCUGACCUUACCGAUUCAAAUGUGAUUGGAUCACCACUGAUCACUCUUGAUCUGUCUAUGAAUUCAAAAAAUGAUGCGUUGUCGAAGCGGAGCCAGAGCUUUAUCGAGCGCAGCAGCAUGGCGACCUUUAGUUCUGAGCUUCCUUCUGCUACCUCGGUUGCCAUAGAGUCAUAUACUGACUUCUCUGGUUGGGGCUCCCCUGAUGGAAAAUUAGACUGGUCCAUCCGUGGCGAUGAACUGAAUAAGAUGAGAAACUCUUAUUCUUUCGGCUUUAAAAACCAAAGUUGCAAUUCAACAAUGGCGGCAGAGAAUGCUGAUGACCAAGGUGUAUUAUUAAGCAUGGAAUCAUGGGUUAAUUCACUAGUGAAGGAUGCACCAACAGUGCAAUUGGAUCAAUAUUGUGUUGAAGUAUAA